CGCUGUGGAUGGGGCCUUACCUGCUCCUGUUUCCCCGGGGCAGUGGUGUAAACUACCGGUGGCACUCGGGGCUCCACCUCUCGCCGGGCGGCAGAGCCCUCUACUGUAGGCUACCGCUGCAGACCGGAGACCGAGCUCAUACGGGCGGCGCAGCCGAGCGCAAGAGACAGCCUGGUGUCCAUGCAUCCAGGCAUCCUGAUGCCCAUCAUGACUGUGCAUCUGAGCCUCCUCAUGCUGGCUCUCAGUGUGUUUGGACAAGAGCUGCCAUCAGGCCCUCAAGGAUGCACGGAGGGAAGCUGUUACCCUGCGACAGGAAACCUUCUGAUAGGACGGGCAGUCAACUUAACUGCCACCUCCACAUGCGGCCUGGGCGGGCCAGAGCACUACUGCAUUGUCAGCCACCUGCAGGAGUCAGACAAGUGUUUUGAGUGUAACUCCCUGCAUCGCUACGACCCGUACCGCCACAGAAACAGCCAUCGCAUUGAAAACGUGAUCUACCUCAUGGACAGCAAUGGAGACAACACCUGGUGGCAGUCUGUCAACGGACAGGAAAAUGUGAGCAUCAGACUGGACCUGGAGGCCGAAUUCCACUUCACCCAUCUUAUCAUGAAGUUCAAGACUUUCCGACCUGCAGCAAUGAUCAUCGAGCGUUCAGCUGAUUUUGGCCGCACAUGGCGCCCCUACCGCUACUUUGCCUCAAACUGUACCAGAACCUACCCUGGCAUCCCCUCCAACGGACUGCACCACAUCAACGACAUCAUUUGCGAGGAACGCUACUCCGACAUUGAACCCUCCACUAAUGGAGAGGUCAUUUAUAAAGUUUUGGAUCCUGCCAUUCAUGUGAAAGACCCCUACAGCUUGGACAUUCAAGAACUUUUGCGUAUAACCAACCUGCGUAUCAACUUUACCAAGCUUAACACUCUGGGAGACGACCUGCUGGACCGACGCUUUGAUGUCUUGCAGAAAUAUUACUAUGCCAUCUAUGAGCUGGUGGUCAGAGGGAGCUGCUUCUGUUACGGUCAUGCCUCAGAGUGCGCCCCAGUGCCAGGGGUUGACACCCGGGAGAACGGCAUGAUCCAUGGACGCUGUGUAUGCAAACAUAACACAGAGGGCCUGAACUGCGAGCGCUGCCGAGAUUUCCACAACGACCUUCCCUGGAGACCAGCAGAGGCCGAAAAUCCACACACCUGUAGAGAGUGUAACUGUAAUGGCCACUCAAACCAAUGCCACUUUGACAUGGCGGUGUAUUUGGCCACGGGUAACGUCAGCGGAGGAGUGUGUGAUGACUGUCAGCACAACACCAUGGGACGCAACUGUGAGAUGUGUAAACCUUUCUACUACCAAGACCAUAUUAGGGAUAUCAGGGACCCACGGGUUUGUGUUGCUUGUGAUUGUGACCCGGUGGGCUCAUUGGAGGGGGGAGUGUGUGACAGUCACACCGACCCAGACAUGGGGAUGAUCUCAGGACAGUGUCGCUGCAAACCCAACGUGAAAGGCACGCGCUGUGACGACUGCAAGGAGGGUUACUACGGACUAAGCCAGAACGACCCCCUGGGUUGCCAGCCUUGCAACUGUGACCCUCGUGGUAUCAUUAUGAUGGGAGCUCCUUGUGAUCAGAUCAGUGGGGACUGCUCCUGCAAAAGAUACGUCACUGGCCGCUACUGCAACCAAUGUCUGCCUGAAUACUGGGGGCUCAGUAAUGACCUGGCCGGCUGCAGACCAUGUGACUGUGACUUUGGUGGAGCCUUCAACAACAGGUGCAUGAUGGAAAAUGGCCAGUGUGACUGCAGGAGACAUCUGAUUGGUCGACAGUGUUCAGAAGUGCAGCCUGGGUAUUUCUGUGCUCCACUGGACUACUACAAAUAUGAGGCCGAAGAUGCCAGUGGACACUCCCCCGGUGACCCUGCACUGCCGGGCAAAGUUCGUCCUCAGGCAGAGACUGACUGUGUUCAGCACCUCAGCAACCAGCUAAGGCGUCACCGGCGUCACCGGCGCAUUACCAACUCGCGGCAGCAUCGGGCAGCACUGAGACGUAUUCGCCAGCUUCAACAAACACCGGAUGUAAGGACCGUUCAGAGAGAGCACACUCCCAGCCACAUGGUGACGUGGACAGGACCAGGUUUUGCCCGUGUCAAAGAUGGAGCAGGUCUGGUGUUCACUAUUGACAACAUCCCCUACGCCAUGGAGUACGACAUCAUAAUCCGUUAUGAACCCGAGUCCACAGAGGACUGGGAGGCCAUAGUUAGUAUUACCUCAGUACUGCUGCCCUCCAGUCUCCGGUGUGGAAACCUGCUACCAACUGAACAGCUCUACACUGUAACCCUGCCACACCGCAACAGAUAUAUCCAGAUGCCUAGACCAUUCUGUUUCGAGCCCAGUAACCGUUACGUGGUUGCAAUCAGGUUCCAGCGCCAUGGCGUCUCACACAGACAUCUAACUGCCUUUAUUCUUAUUGACUCGUUGGUUCUGAUCCCCAAAUACACCGAGCUUCCUGGUUUCCAGGAUAAUGAGCAAGAUGCAGAGCAGCGGCGGGACGAGAUGAUUCGCUACAUGUGUCUGGAUUCCUUUAUGAUCACGCCGAUGCCUGCCCUGGCUGAGAUGUGCUCCAAACUCAUCUGUAGUAUUUCAUCCAUCAUUCAUGAUGGUGCUCUGCCCUGUCAGUGUGACCCUCAGGGUUCCCUCAGUGGUGAGUGUGACAAGGUUGGAGGUCAGUGUCGAUGUAAACCAAACGUCAUGGGCCGACACUGUGACCAGUGUGCCCCAGGAACCUACGGAUUUGGAGUGUCUGGCUGCAUUGCCUGCGACUGCCACUCCGAGGGUUCGUUGAGCCACCAGUGUGACCCAGUUACAGGCCAGUGCCAGUGCAGGCAGGGAGCCACUGGACGUAGGUGCUCAGACUGCCAACCAGGCCAGUGGGGCUUCCCCAGCUGCAGCCCCUGUCAGUGUAACAGCCAUGCAGAUAUCUGUGACCCCCGCACUGGGGAGUGUAGAGACUGCAGGGACUACACAGCAGGACACUUCUGUGAACGUUGUGUGGAUGGGUUCUUUGGAAACCCGGUGCUUGGCUCUGGGGAGCACUGCCGGCCCUGCCCCUGCCCUGGUAACCCUGGCUCAGAUCACUUUAACGGACACUCUUGUCAAGCUGACCAGAGCUCUAACCAGAUCAUCUGUAAUUGCAGACAAGGCUACACUGGGCCCCGCUGUGACCAGUGCGCCCCUGGUUACUAUGGAAACCCAGAGCAACCUGGUGGGCAGUGCCUACCGUGCGAGUGCAACGGCAACAUCGACACCCAGGACCCUGAGUCCUGUAAUCCCAGGACCGGCCAGUGCCUCAAGUGCCUAUACCACACCGAUGGCCCGUCCUGUGCCCACUGUCAACAUGGUUACUUUGGCAAUGCUUUGGGCCACGACUGCAGACGUUGCACUUGUGUGGCUGCUGGCACCGUCCAUUCUGCUUGCAGUGAUGGACAUUGUCACUGUGACCGGCAGACUGGAGCCUGCCCUUGCAGAGAGAACGUGGCUGGCCAUAACUGUGACCAGUGUGCUCCUAACCACUGGAACUACGGCCAGGACCGAGGCUGUGAGCCCUGUCGCUGCGACCCACAACACGCCCUGGGAGCUCACUGCAACAUGUUUACAGGCCAGUGCCACUGUCGUCCAGGGUUUGGAGGUAAACAGUGCACUGAGUGUGAACAGCUCCACUGGGGAGACCCACGGGUGCAGUGUCAAGAGUGUAACUGUCACCGGCUGGGCUCAGAGAUGGCCCAGUGUGACCGAACAACGGGGGCAUGUGAGUGCCGGGAGGGAGCAGCAGGGAAGCAGUGCGAUGAAUGCGCUCGCGGCUUCACCGGCGUCUUCCCCAAAUGUGUCCAGUGUCACCCGUGCUUCCAGCUUUGGGACGAUGCGCUGUGCCAGAUCAAAAGGGACCUGGAACACAUCCAGUACACCGUGCAGAAAAUCCUGGAGAGCGGGGUCACACCGGGAGUUGGGGACACACCCAUCAAAGAGCUGGAGAAGAAGCUGAAGCAGGUGCAGGAUCUCAUCAGUGCGGAGGACAGAAACAGGAUCCACCAGCUGAUUGGACAGAGCAUCGAUGAUCUCAGGGCUGAGAUAGCCCUGACUGACGGGCGCCUGAUGGGCGUUACCCGAGAGCUAAAUACAACAGCAGCAGAAGAAGGGGCACUGAGACACACACUGAAUGAUCUGGAGAGCAAAUUGAGGGACAUCAACACCACUAUGGCUCACAAAAAACGCCUGUUGGAUGCCCACCUCACCUCAGGAUUUGCAGAUCAGUUUGAAAAAGUGAAGAAGUACCAUCAGGAGUCAGUGGGGGCUGAGGAGAAAUGCAACGCUUCAGUGGCCGGCCCUUUGAGUCCGGUGGAACAGUCCAAAAAAACCCGCGCUCUUACUAAAGACCUGCUGGAUGCCAGUAAAGACAAGUUCUUCCGUGCUCUGGCUGCUCAGAACAAAUCACUAAAUGAGCUGCAGCAGAAGGCCCACGACCUGGAUAAGAAGGUUCAUCACCUCAGUCACAAGGUAUGCGGUGGCAAUAGCAAUGCCAGUGUAAAUGGCAGUUGCCCAGGCAGCCAAUGUGGUGGUGCCGGUUGCCGCGAUGAUCAGGGUAAUCGUGUGUGUGGUGGAGAAGGAUGCAACGGGACAGUGAGCACUUCUAUAGCAGCACUGAAUCAUGCCAAGAAUGUCACAGAUAGUCUGAACGCUGCCAAUGAGGAGCUGCAGGACGUCGUAAAAAAGCUCCAGGAUAUAGCCUCAAUGACACAGGAUGUGAAGAACAAGGCGAUGAACACGCUGGAGAAAGCCCAGAAGAAGAAGGAGCACUUUGAAAACAACAACAAGAAGCUCAAAGAUUUCAUCAAGAAGAUCAAAGACUUUCUCAUUGAGGAGGGAGCAGAUCCAGAGAGCAUAGAGAAGGUGGCUCUGCAGGUCUUGUCGAUUACGCUGCCGGUCAACAGGACCACUCUGGACAAAAUGAUCAUGCAGAUAAAGGCCAGCCUGUCCAACCUCACCAAUAUUGCGGGAAUCGUCAACCAAACCUCACAGCACAUCAGCAAAGCAAAGGAGCUGCUUGACGAAGCUAAAGACGCCAAGAGGCGAGCAGAGGGAGUGAAGGAUAAAGCCAGUAAUACCAAGCAGGUGUUGGACAUGUCUGAGAAGGCCAUAGAGAAAGCCAGAACAGCCCUGAAGGAGGCCCACAAUAACCUGAACAGCACGAGGAAUGCUACUGCUGAGCUUGAGGAGAGGUUGAGGCAGUUGGAGGAUAAGCAGAUGGAUGUCAUGAUGCGUUUAAACAAUCUCUCCAUCGGGGUGGAAGCUCUGAGGAACAAGACGGAGCAGAACAGACAGAUGGCAAAGGACGCCAAAGCACUGGCUAACAACGCAACUCACCUAGCAUCCUCACUGGAGCAGAGCCUUAACAACACAGAGAAACGCUACCGUGAGCUGCAGACGAAGGUGGACUCUCUUGGUGAGGAGUCUGGAGGUCUGAACAGCAUCAACCAGAGGGCAAUGGAUAUCAAGAAGGAGGCAGACGACCUCUUAAAUAAAGCCACGAAUGGGAUAAAACAACUCGAGAAACUGGAGAAAAAGUUCAAGAGUAAUGAGCGGCGGAUGCAGAGGCAGCGCAUGGAGCUGGACGCGCUCAAGGAAAAUGCUACUGUGGUGCGGGACGAGAUCCGGGAGCAAGUGCAGAAGUACAGUAACUGUGUGUGAGGAUGUUGCAGUUCCCCGUUUACCGUUUGCUGCUGUAGUCCGGAGCAGAGUAUGACUGGUGCUGUGCGUGGGACAGAAAACUACAUCACCCAUGAAAAUAAAAUGCUGCUCUGGUACCUCCAUUUUUUCACUGGUAUUUCUAUCUUUACACAUUACCUGUCAAGUGUUAUAUCACAGAAACGCCUUCAUCUGUCAAUGUACUGUACCACUUUCUGACUCUUUGAUAUCAAUGCUACCCUGUGUGGAGUUUAUGUCUUUAAACUAUUGCAAUUGGAUGAGGGGAGAGUAUUUGUUUAAUUGUAAAGGCCAUGGUUUCAUGAAUAAUAAACAGAAGAAAUAUAUCAGAUUAUGUUAUCAGAAAGUUACUGUUUUGACCAAAAGUGCUUUUAAGAUUUUGUGUGUUUUUGCUGCAAUUUGACCACAUAAGUAUGGUAUUUACAAAAGGACAUACCUAUUAAGAAAUACAUGGAAAAGAUUGAUUUUUGAAAUUAAAUUUUGUGUUUAUUUUUAUUACAAAAGAAACUCGUGAUUAAAUACAUUUAAAUUCAUACACAAGUAUUCUUAUAAGCAAAAUGAAUUCUGAGGUGUGAUGAUGGAGACAAAUAAA